UCCUGUGCUCGUCUGUUAUGUUGUUGAUUAAAAGGCAAACAAUUGCAGUUGCUCCAGAUCUGAGUAUUACUUAGAUCCAGGGAAGUACAGUCUUUGACUUCUGCAAUGAAUUGUUCAAAGUCAAAACCACUCAUUUGAAAACUCUGAGAAAGAUCUCAGUCGCCCAAGGCCUUUUUCUUUGAAAAUGAGGGUGAAUGUUCCCAUUUCUAGGCGUCACCUGCCAAGGAAGAUCAGCUAAAACUCAUGUAUAUAUAGCACGGAGUUCAACCCAACCAUCGUCAUACCUAUGAAACUUUCCCAUCAAUUUGUCUUUUAAAGUCCUAGUAGCGUAAACAAAUUCCUCCCCCAGUGUUCCUCCUGCCGCAUUCCCUGAAUCGAUCAAACAGUUUCACUCCAUCAUGUCUUCGCUGCAGCAGUCGGUUCACAUCGUGUUCAUUCCGCUCCUGGCGCAAGGUCACAUGAUUCCUUUGGUAGACAUGGCGCGGAUUUUCGCUUCACGGGGAGCAGUUGCUACUAUAUACACGACCCCUGUCAAUGCCCGCAGGUUCAGAACAACCGUCGAUCGAUCCGGUGAACUCGGAAUGCCGAUCCGGCUCGUAGAGAUCCCUUUCCCGUGUGAAGAAGUGGGGCUCCCUGUCGGGUACGAGAAUCUUGAUAUCCUCCCGUCGCCAGAGCUAUUGACCAAGUUCUAUGAUGCACUAGGAAAGUUGCAAGAACCAAUUGAGAAGCACCUUCGACAACAAUCUCCUGCUCCUAGCUGCAUUAUAUCGGACAAAUACAUAUUUUGGUCAUCCGAAACCGCUCAAAGGUUCGGAGUUCCAAGAUUUGUUUUCCAUGCGAUGUGUUGUUUCUCCGUGUUGGGCGGUCAUAACAUGAAACACUUCAAUUUCUGGGAUUCGAUUACUUCCGACAUGGAACCAUUUGAGGUGCCGGGGAUGCCAAAGGGGUUCAAGAUCACAAAAGCACAGCUUCCAUUAAAUUCCGUGCGUCGACAGGAUUUCGACGUCUUCCGUUGGAAGAUACAGGAGGCUGAAAUGGCAGCUCAAGGAGUUGUGAUCAAUAGCUUUGAUGAGGUGGAGCACGGAUGCGUCGAGGCAUACCAAAAGGCGAUUGGGAAAAGAGUUUGGUGCGUCGGACCGGUUUCUUUGUGCAACAAAGAUGAGUCAGACCUGUUUCAGAGAGGAAACAAGGCCUCGAGCGAUGCAGGAAAAUGCAUGGCAUGGCUUGAUUCAAUGAAGCCACGAUCAGUGAUCUAUGCCUGCUUAGGAAGUCUAUGCCGCUUAGUCCCGUCGCAGCUGAUGGAGCUAGGGAGGGGCUUAGGAGCUUCGCAACAGCCUUUCGUUUGGGUAAUCAAAAGGGAAGAGGGGGAUUCAGAAUUAGAGAACUGGUUAAUGGAGGAAAGAUUUGAGGAAAGGGUUAAAGGGAGAGGAAUGGUGAUACGAGGGUGGGCUCCUCAGGUGGCCGUGCUAUCUCACCGAGCAAUCGGAGGAUUCCUAACGCACUGCGGCUGGAACUCAACCUUAGAAGGAGUGUGCUCAGCGCUGCCGAUGAUAACUUGGCCUCUAUUCUCCGAGCAGUUUGUGAACGAGGCGCUCGUGGUGGACAUACUGAAGAUUGGGGUUCGAGUGGGCGUGAAGGUGCCCGUGAGAUGGGGGGAGGAAAGGAAGGUAGGUGUCUUGGUGAAGGAACAUGAUAUCGUGAGGGCUAUCAAUGCACUGACGUCCGAAGAUAAGGAAGGAGAAGAGAGGAGAAAGAGAGCGGCUGAACUUGGAGAGAAGGCGAGAGAAGCAAUGCAAGAGGGAGGAACUUCUCACUCCAACGUGUCGCGAGUGUUGCGAUAUGUUAUGGAAGGACCAACCCAGGAAGUCGUUUGAUGCAAUCAUGUAGUUCAUUUGAUUUACGUAGAAAUAUAUCAUGGAUUGAAUAAGAAGUGCAUUCAACAGAAUGCACCUACAAUAUGUUGUGCUUUCGCCAUACUUGACUAUUCCACUAUCGAGUUAGCCACUAUGCGUCACAAUUC